UGCGUCAGAUGUGCGCAUAUGAGAGUCUGUUAACGUUUAUUUAUGUGUGCAAUAAGAUGAACUAUAUAUUCGUCUGCGUAAAGGUUGUUUGUACAUAAAAUAUAUAUCACUUAUAAAUGUUUGACAUUUUGUGCUGUAUUGUUUUGAGUUGCUGAUUUUGUUGUGGUGAAUAUGCGCAGUGCCGCGUCUGGUGGACUGGGAUGAACACAAACAUACGGCAGAACACUGACAUUAGUAAAGUGUGUUAACACAUGUGGACGCUGGAAAUGUGAGUUAAUAGUGAUAGUAUGAUGGCUGUGAAUAUUGAAAGGUUUGUCAGUGAGGCUAAAGGGAACGGAUUACGUGCUCUGCGUGAAAUCAAAGUCGGAGAAGUUAUUCAUUCGUGCGAGCCUUUUGCAUUCUGCAUAGCGAAGGGUUUCUUGAAAACGACCUGCCAGAAUUGUCUCAAGAGGGGUGAAAGCUUAUUAAGAUGCUCUCAGUGUAAGACGGCCCGUUACUGCAGUGCUCAGUGUCAGAAACAAGCUUGGUCCGAGCACAAGAGAGAAUGCAAAUGUCUAAAGCGCCUCCAGCCCAGAAUCCCCACCGACUCCGUACGACUGGUCGCCAGAAUCAUUUUUAAACUGCUCAGCCAAUCAGAAAGCGACAAGGAUGAGCUGUAUUCGAUAUCUGAACACCAGUCUCACCUGGAGGAUAUGUGCGAUGAGAAGAAGGAAGGUCUGGAGCAUCUCUGCUCUACCCUGCAGGUUUAUCUCAGUGAGGCGAACUGUGAUUUUUCUCAGCUUCCUCCAGGCCUCGACCCCAUCAACCUGCUCGCCAGAGUGACCUGCAACUGUUUCAGCAUCAGUGAUGGAGAACUGCAGGAUGUGGGGGUGGGCCUGUAUCCCAGCAUGUCUCUGCUGAACCACGACUGCCGGCCCAACUGUGUCAUGAUGUUUGAGGGCAAGACAAUCAAGCUGCGAGCCGUCCGGGUCAUCAGAGCCUGCGAGGAGUUGACUAUAAGCUACACUGAUGUCCUCGCGCCCUGUCGAGAGAGACAGUCCCAUUUACAGGAGCAAUAUAACUUCUUGUGUCAGUGCAAGAGAUGUACCACUGAGGACAGGGACUGUGAAAUGCUGGCGGGAGAGAAGUCUGCAUGGAUGGCCGUGAGAGACUCCAUCCCUCACCUGCAGCAGCUUCAGUCAGAGCAGCAUUGGGAGGCAUUGUUGAAAGAGAGCCAGACUCUUCUACACAGAUAUGCAGAUGUUGUUCCAGACAAGAACAUCUAUGUGCUCAGACUGCUGGAUCUGGCCACGGAUGCCUGCAUCAGUUUGGAUGAUUAUGAGAGAGCGCUGGAGUAUGGCAGUCGAGCUCUCGAGCCGUACAAAUUCUACUACUGUGAUCCUCAUCCAUCCAGAGCUGUGGAGCUUCUGCGAGUGGGGAAGCUGCAGCACUUCUUGGGUAGCGUGGAGGAAGCUCAGAGAAGCUUCACACGGGCCUAUGACAUCAUGAAGGUGACCCAUGGGGCGGAGCAUGCCCUGACUAAUGAGGUGAGCAAGAAGCUGGGAGAGUGCCAGGCCGAAUUGGGUCGAGUCUAGCCUGCCCUGUGCCGAGGCAUAUCCCUGUGUCAUCAUCGCACCGCCUGAAGACCGGCUUGAGCACAGACAUCACAGCACAUCUCCAGACCCCCCGUCCUCCAGCCUCUGACAUGCUGGCUGUCAAUCAGCACUCUGCUAAAUUUGCUCUCAAAUGGAAUUUUUCUGGGUGGCUGUGUCUGCCACCUGCUUUUGUGCCGCUGUGUAUCCGACCAGCUGGCUAGAAUUAAACAAAAAAAAGAAAAAAAAGAAUAUUUUUUUGCGCGCCAGAGGGAUGAUCUGCAUUGCUCUCUGCUGUGCAUUUUCAUUCCAUUUACAGAACAGUUGAGAAAAUGUUUAUGGCAAGUUUUUAUGUAAUGCAAUCAAAGUGGCUUCCCAACACAUGAGCCGUUCAUUUUCAACACUGAGUUUAAAAAAUAAGUUGUUUGUUGGAGAUUCAAGUUUUAAACAUUAUGAUCCGACAACAAAAAUUUGUGGAUAAAUCUGAAGCAUACACGAUUACAAAAGAUGGCACUUUCAAAUGUGCAGUAUGCAACUAUUACAAAGUUUAAGCGAUUUGGAUUGUUCCGAAGUAGAAGUUCACCGGAAAAUGUACAUUCCCAUAAUUUACUAAAUGUUAUCUUCUUACAGUAUAUGGGACUUCAACUUGAAAUGUAAACAAACAGGUCUGAAGUUUGUUGAUAUUUUCAAAUCUCAUCGUUGUUUGCAUGACUAGAUGUCAUAUGGAUGUUUUAUGCAUGUUUACGAGAUGUGGGACAAUCAUUAAGAUUUUACGUCACUUAAAUCUUGCACUCAGAUCAGACAUUUUCAAUUUAAAAAAUAAGCUAUAAAUCAUAAUCAUCGACAUUUCACCUAAAUAAAAGGUACAGGCAGGACAGAAAAUUUUGAGACAUACUGUUUGCGGAAAUAUUAAGAACCUUAGAAAUGAGCCAUUCAACAAAAUGACUGUUGGGACGUAGCUUCUCAAAAAGGUUUAUUACACUUUUGCUUAAUGGUCCUUAAAACCACUUGUUUAUCCAUUUUAGAUGAUUUCAUUUUGAUUUAGAUUUAAUAAUAACAUGUAUGUUAUGCUUCAUAAAGAACAGACUGAACACACAUUAGUGCUUCAGUUUCUCAUCAUUUCUCACCAGUACUUUCAUUUGUUGUAUGGAGCAUGCUUACUACGAAACGCAUCUCAUCAUAUUUCAUCUAAACACAAUUCUAAAAGAUGAAAAGCGGUAGUUUUUGUAUCAGUGUCACAUAAAUAAUCAAGUUAUUUGCUGAAGUUUUAAAGGGAUAAUUUACUAAAAUGUCCUCUUAGAAUUUACCAUCAUGUCUUUCAAAACCUGUAUAUGAAUCUUUCCUCGGUGGAUUCAUAUGGAAAAUAUUUUGAGAAAUGUCUCCGUAGUUUUGUGUCUAUACAAUGAAGGCCAAUGUUGUUUGGUUACCAACAUUCUUUAAAUAUCUACUUUCACACUGGAGAUAAAACUAAAAUGGUUCCACUAAAGGUCUCAACAUACUAGGAAAGCAAUUUAAAAAACAGUCCCUUUAGUCCCUUUCCACAGAUUUUGGUUUACAUUCAUGUGCCAAGUUGACGAUUAUUCAACUAAAAGUUUGUUAACUUUGUAAGCUGGUAAAUUGUUGGUUGAAGUUUGCAAAGUGUAUAAUAUCAUGUCUUAAAAACAAAAAAGUGUCUAAGAACUGUAUAGUCCAUCCAUACUGUAUAGAUCUGGGUGGAGUCUAAACAUGAACACAUUUUCUAGUUUAUCUGGUUUAUUCAGGGCUGUCUGCUUGUUUCACAAUCAUUUAAAUGAGCAAUACUACGUCUGAUUUAUAGAGAAGAUUUCGACAAUUUAGAGAGAAAGGUAAUGUAAUUAAAAACAUUUCAGGUUAUAAGGCCCAGAAGCCCACUCCUACGCCGCCAAUGUUGACUAGUGACACAGUAACAGAAUGCAGUCAUGACUCUCGCCAGCUGCAUCAGCACAGAUGACGCUUCUACUUCUUCUCCGGAAAUCCUUCUCAUUGUGUUAUUUAUACUAAAUCUAUUUUAACCCUCAUGAGUGUCGGGACACAGAAAGGCAGGGAUUACACAUCUCGUAUCAGCUCCUCUCCUCUCACAACUCUGUAUCCACUAAAGCAAACAGCUUUUCCAGAUCCUCUUCUCUGAGUUGAAGAUAGCAUCGCAAAAAGCGUCAUUCAGUUUGACAGAAUGGAGCUUAAGAGGUAAUAGAGGAAGCUGUUAUGGAGCGACGGGUUGUCAGCAGUUGUGUGUCCGCAGGCUUUUCCAAACUCAACUCAAAGCUCUGAGUCUUUUGUUGAGCCAAUGACAUCAUUCCUCAACAUGAAUGGAGACUCGCAUCGUUUUAAAUUGAACCCUGAAAAUGAACUUUUAAGAAAUGCUUGGGUCAUACGUCACUCCAAAAUCAAAAGACAAUAUAUAUGUUGAAUAAAGCCUAUAUGCAUAAGCUAUUUUAAGGGCCAUUGCAUUGUACUUUUAGUGUGAAUAUAAUACUAGUUAAAGGGAUAGUUCACACAAAAAUUACAAAUUCUCUAAUCAUUUCAUAAAUGUGACGGUGCUUAAAUGAAUAUAGAUCAAAUGCAUUAAUGUUCUUGGCAUAAUAUAUUUUCUUUUAAUUGCCUUUAAUUAAAGAGUCAAUAUGACCAGAUUCACCCGUAUGAAGAGAAGACAAUAGAAACGCUUCCUCCUCCUAUUCCGGUAUGUAAUUGAAAUCAGUUCACUUUUAUUACGACAAUGAGACUUUCCACCCUAGACAUUCUGAUAUGAUGGGAAACUAUGAGAUCUGUCAGCUAUUGGAUGAACUUGCAAAAUUAAAAUGGAAUUCAUUUUUCUGAACAAUGCUCAAAACGUCUUCUAAGUUUAUCAAAAGCUGCAUCUAACGUUAAUGCCUGUUCAUUGGAGCAUCUCAAAAUCCAGCCCUGAAAGCCGUGGAGAUUUAGGCAUUACUGAUGGAUUGAAAGAGACAUCUGUAAAGUAAUUAAAACCAAAAUUGAAGAAAAACAGACAAACUGGGUUGCGUACAUAACUUUUUUUAUAUAAGAAAUCCCACCAAAAAGCAGACGUUCCAUGCAGCAGAAUAAGGUUUACACCUUUACAGAAACGAUUGUGAGAACAAAAAAAGCGGUAUAACAAGUCUUGUAUUCUUAUUUUGUGCAUUAGAGCAGAUUAAAACAAAGUACUUUUUUAUAAAUCGCUUGUGCAGAAUGCAGAAGAAGGCAGAAAAGGAAUUACACUUCCAAAGCGUUCUUUAUUUACAGUACAUCUGUCCAUAUGUCAGUCAAAGAUCUGCUUUCCCAUAUAACACAAGAAAUCAUGCCGUAUGUCUCAGUAUAAACAUGAAGCGAUAUGUUGACAAAAACGUUCAUCACACACAUCUCUAAUGACACCUCUUGUGAAAAAAAAGAGAGAGGUCUUACAGUUUUGCAAUCAUCUUUGUGAACAUUAAAGCGCAUUAAGGACAAUAUUCUUUUCACAUUGUACCGAACACCACACAAUGCAUAAGCUGAACAAUCCACAAAUGUGUCCGGAUGUGUCGCGUUGUGAUGAAACAUGAAUAAAACAUGUGACCAGGAGCAUGUCGAUAUUGCAUCGUCUCUCAUCUCCCAUGAUUUGGCGAUAGGCGCAUUUACGAAGAAAUGCAAAAAAGUUAACUUUAUAUAUAUAUAUAUAUAUAAAGAACAAAAGUGAAAUAUAAGUAUAUAUUUAUAUUUAUAUAUAUGGCAUGACGUUAGCUACUGUACAAUUUUAAUGCAUAGUGCUUUGCAGGCUAAUAUGCGUAAAUAAAUUAUAGAAUAUAAGCAUCUCUGUCAUACAGGCCUCCUGAGGUAAAAAAUAAAUAAUAUCCUUCAUUCAUUACAAUGCCAAAAGGGCAGAGGGAAUGACGGGUUCCCCAUUGCUUCGGCGGGACGAGGGGUGAAGUGUGAACGGAGAAGCGUAUGAAGUCUUUAGGACCAGAAACAGGCUAUACUGUAUAUCUUCAUCUAUAAACGUUUAGAGCUGAAACCAUCUCAAGCACCAUAUAUAUAAACAGACUUUUACCGAAGUGUAAGCAUGUUGACAAUGAGACCACGUAGAGUAACAUUUUUUAAUGGAAUGCAACACGAAAGUGUGAACUACAUUAGAUUUGAUAUUGCGUCAAAUACAGAUGUUCCUUGUUACCAAUUAGAAAAGAUUACGGAAGGGGCAAGAACCACUGUAAAUCAGGGGACAUGUGUCUGCCAAAAAUAUCUCUAUUUGUUCCUCCCACUUCUUGGAAGAUAAUCAUUAUAUUUUAAGAGUUUUCUUUUGGCUGCAGUCCAAUGAUAAAGUAAACUAAUCUUACCGUGGCGACUGCCAACGUCUGCCUUUUAGCAAAUCAGUUAGGCUUACCAGGCGAAUGUCACGCAAUUAUUACUCAUAAGCAAAGCUUAUAAAUCCGAUGCUGUACCCCCAUCCCAAUUUUCAGAUUGCUUUUAUACCCCUGGCCAGGAAGUUUUUCAUUUGGAGAAAAUCAAUCGAGCAUCAAUCUGGCAUGAGAAGCUUUUGUUUCUAUAGCUAUUAAUAUUCAAGAUCCUUGUCGGUCCUGCCAGACUGAGGAUUCUUCUCGUAUCUCAAGCGUGACACGCCGGAGUGGCCCGAGCCCGAGGCGUCGCUGCUGUAAAUGCCAACAGAACCGCAGGGGAUGUGAAAAAUCCAUGAUCCUGUGCCAGAAUAAUUACUCUACAUCUCGUGCUGUGCUAUUUCACACAACGUGAAACACUCUAGGUGGUCUCAGUGUCUUCAAGAAUACAAAAACGAAUAUAAAACACACGUAACAGUUCAUGUCACAUGUAACGAUACAAAUACAAGUUACCAAGACAGUGAAUCAAAGAGUUUAAAACACUUAGUUGAACAAGCAGUUAGAAUUUUCAUUUAGUAUACCUUUGAACUUUUUUUGUUCGUAUGCAUUUUUUGUUUAGGCUAGCACCAUCUGUACACAAAUAUGAAAACGUCUUUCCACAGAAGAUAUUGAAGUGUUCGCAAGGCACUUGUCGUCCUUUUUGUUCUAUUUUUCAUUCAUCUUGUGAUCUAGCGUUUCAUUCUUAUUUUCCACGAAUGGCAACGUAAUUCUUUCGUUCACAACCAGCGGGCGAACCGCAACCAACAGCAUCAACGUUCCA